AUGGCCAUAUACCAAUGCCAUCGACUGAUCGGCUAUUGGAUCAACCUACCUAUUCGGUCGAAAUAUCGGAAUUCCUUCGGGCAUAACGAGACUUUUGAGCAAAACCAUCCCUAUCGACCGUCUCCCGGCCCCCAUCGCGACUACACUAUCUCUCCGGAGGCCCAUCAUGAUGCGUACUUUAAUCCGCCCUACCAGCCCACUCCUUCGUCAGUCGACGAUUACGACCUCACAAACUAUCCUCAAAGAUACCAUGACGACCAAGUUCCCAUCCUCCUAUCGGAUACUCCUUUUGGGCCGAAUCCUCAACCGGAGGACGGAGCCUUCAGCAAUACAUCCGCCAUUGCUACCACCCCCAGUCCUGCACCCCUACGGAGGUGGAAAACGGUCAAGGAGGUUCAGCUGUUCAAUGGCAACCUGGUCCUUGACUGUCCGAUCCCGCCAAGGCUCUUGAGCCAGAUCAAUCAUGUUGCACCGCCAGAACGAGAUGAAUUUACACACAUGCGCUACUCAGCAGCUACUUGCGAUCCAAAGGACUUCUACAACGAGCGAUUUACUCUACGCCAAAGGUUGUUUGCAAAGCCGAGACAUACCGAGCUGUUCAUUGUAGUCACCAUGUAUAACGAGGAUGACUUUUUAUUUGCGCGAACGAUGAUUGGCGUUUUCAAAAAUAUCGACUACAUGUGCGGCAGAUCAAACAGCAACACCUGGGGAAAGGAGGCAUGGAAGAAGAUCGUGGUCUGUGUCGUCAGCGAUGGCCGUGCAAAGAUCAAUCCCAGAACACGGGCGGUUCUGGCCGGUUUGGGGGUGUAUCAAGAUGGAAUUGCCAAGCAGCAAGUCAACGGAAAGGACGUGACUGCUCACAUCUAUGAAUAUACAACUCAAAUGGGCAUGGAGUUGAAAGGCAACCAAGUGCUCCUCAAGCCGCGACGGGGUAUGCCCGUUCAAAUGCUGUUUUGCUUAAAGGAAAAGAACCAAAAGAAAAUCAACUCCCACCGUUGGUUCUUUCAAGCGUUCGGACGUGUCCUGGAUCCGAAUAUUUGCGUCCUUCUUGACGCAGGUACCAAACCAGGGAAAGAUUCCAUUUAUCAACUCUGGCGCGCGUUCGACCUAGAGCCGAUGUGUGGCGGUGCUUGCGGGGAGAUCAAGGUGAUGUUGGACCGCGGCAAGAAGCUGAUUAACCCCCUGGUUGCGACCCAGAAUUUUGAAUAUAAAAUGAGCAACAUUCUCGACAAGCCACUGGAAUCGGCUUUUGGAUUUAUUUCCGUCCUCCCGGGAGCCUUUUCAGCUUAUCGCUACGUUGCGCUUCAAAACGACAAGAAUGACCAAGGCCCACUAGAGAAAUACUUUGCGGGCGAGAAAAUGCACGGCGCAAAUGCUGGCAUAUUCACCGCAAACAUGUAUUUAGCAGAAGAUCGAAUUCUCUGCUUUGAACUGGUAUCUAAGCGCAACUGCCGAUGGAUCCUGCAGUACGUUAAAUCCGCCAGUGGCGAAACUGAUGUUCCUGAUCGCAUGGCGGAGUUCAUCCUUCAACGACGGCGUUGGCUGAACGGGAGCUUUUUCGCCGCGGUCUAUGCCAUCACACACUUUUACCAAAUUUGGCGGAGCGCUCACAGCGGCUCUCGAAAAUUUAUGCUACUAAUUGAAUUUAUUUAUCAGACGAUCAAUAUGCUAUUUGCCUGGUUCGCGAUUGGAAAUUUCUUCCUCGUUUUUCGCAUCUUGACGACUUCCCUUGGUACGGCUGACCUUCUCGGCAGAGCCGGCAGCAUUUUGGGCGUUGUUUUUGAAUGGCUUUACCUUGCAACUCUGGUGACAUGUUUUAUUUUAGCAUUGGGCAAUCGGCCACAAGGGUCCAACAAGCUUUACUUAACGAUGACAGGGUUCUGGGUUAUCAUCAUGAUAUAUCUUACAUUUGCGGCGAUCUAUGUUACGGUAAAGUCCAUCCAGCAUGAAGUUGCCGAUGGCCAGUUCAGCUUCUCCGCGAUAUUCAAAAACUUACAGUUCUUUUCGAUGAUCGUAUCGCUCUUGUCGACUUAUGUUCUCUGGCUCCUUGCUUCGAUCUUAUUCUUUGACCCGUGGCAUAUGUUUACAUCCUUUCUGCAAUACAUCCUUCUAACUCCAACGUAUAUCAAUGUCCUUAACAUUUAUGCGUUUUGCAACACCCAUGAUAUCACUUGGGGAACUAAAGGUGACGAUAAAGCCGAGAAACUUCCCUCUGCGAACCUCAAGCCGGGUGGCAAAGUCGACGUUGAGAUACCUCAAGAUGACGGAGAUCUCAAUGCUCAAUACGAUGCUGAACUCACAAAAUUCGCUUCGAAGCCGCCGAAGGAACAGAGAGCGGUCACUGAAGAAGAGAAGCAAGAAGACUACUAUAAGGGCUUCCGGAGUUCUGUUGUGUUGGUGUGGAUCUUUUGUAAUUUCGCGCUCGGUGCGUUGGUCCUCAACGCCGUUGGCCUGGAGAGGAUCGAUUUGAACAAUGAAAGUGAGGCCAAUCGGAGCGCGAUUUACAUGGCAGUUGUGUUAUGGAGUGUGGCGGCUUUGUCGUUGUUUAGAUUCAUAGGAGCUAUGUGGUUCCUGAUUGUCAGAAUGUUUGGCGGUCGUCUUCUUCCCAUGGUGUUGUUGGUCGUGGUUUGCUACCCAGAACAAACCCACAUGGCUGCCCAACGCGAACACGGCGGCUCCAAGCUGCCCCCGUCCAAACCCUCUCUCUCCACCACCGACCCAACCGCCACCCGCCUCACCACCGGCGGCGACGCCCUCAACGUCCACCAGACCGCGGCGUCCGGCGGCAGCACGUCAAGCACCAUCACCGACCCCAACGCACCCUCCACCACGGCCACCAGCACCAUGGGCGAAACAACCCGGGCCGCAGGAACGCAUCCCGGCGGCGGCGCGGCGAUGGCCGGGUCCGGGCUGGCGGGCACGGGGACGGGGGGUAUCGGCACGUUCCAGGGCGGGCGGACGGCGGGAUCGAGCACGAAUCCGGCGGGGGCAAUGCCGAUUACGGGUGCGAGAGGGCAGGGGGAGAGGACGGGGCCGAUGCCGGAGAAGGAGGGGGGUGUGAAGGGGUUUAUGGCCGGGGUGCACGGUGCUGGAGAGGAGGCGCGCGGGAAAAUGGGGGAAAUCGUUGAUCGCGUGGCGAAUGACCCGCAGGGCGUAGCGAAGAAUCAGGCGAUCCAGAGAGAGGGAAGAGAGGAGAUUGAAACAGGGAGAUUUGGUCAAAAGACAAAGGAGAGGGAGGCGAUGAAGCCGGCGACGGGGAGGCAGAACCCUUGA